CCCGCCUCGGAGCAGCGCCCCCUGCAGGCCGCGGCGUGCGAGUGCCUGCGUGAGCUGGAGAGCUGCGUGCCGGGGCUGCUGGCGGGCUCCCUGGGCCUGCUGCGGGGUCUGCUGGGCCAGGAGGGCCCCGUCCAGCCGCUCAGCCUGCUGCUGGCGCUGGCUCUGCGGAACGCCUUGGCGCUGCAGCCCCAGGCCGGGGCUGGCCUGCAGGGCCUGCUGAUGGCCGGAGUCUCCGCCGCCCGGGGCGGUCCCUGGGGCUGGACGCUAGCCGAAGCGGGUGACGGCCGCCUUCAGCCCCAGGCGCCCUGCUGGCCGGCAGCGGAGGGCGGGGAGCGUGGCCUUGUGAUGCGGGAGCCCAGCCCCGAGGAGGCCCGGGAAGUGCGGGCUGCGGUGGUCCAGCUUCUGGAUACCUCCUAUCUGCUCACUCCCGCGGCCCAGGCCCAGCUUCUGUGGCUGCUGGGUUGGGCCCUGCGGGGGCUGCAGGGGC